AUGAGGACCACAUGCAACAACAAUCCCCAACGCGACGGCAAUCCUCAGGGUGAAAACAUUCCUCGGCGCAACAACAAUGCUCAGUGCGACAGCAAUCAGCAGUGUGGCAGCUAUUCGGGAUCUGAGAGUGCUAGAGCUUCAACAUCAGCAGUGCUCAUUGUCAGCGAUGUAGAGAGGCUCUCUGAGUCCGUCGCGUUUCUAGAGCUGGACUGGAACAGCGCCUCCUGGGGCGGGCCCCAAGACCAAGCCGUCACCAUUUAG